UUUGAUCCAAAUUCCAUACCAAUUCCAUACCAUUGGUUGCAUUUAAGAGGUUAUGUUUUGGCUAUGUUCUUAAAAUCUUAAGAAAAACUCGACUUCAGUAUACAAAAUGGAUGAAAUAAUUGUAGGAACGUAUGAAGGAUUCCUACUUGGAUAUUCGCUGCGAACAGAAGAAAAUGUUUCUAAACUGAAACAAACAUUUGCAACUCAUUCACAUACAGCAUCAGUGCGAUGCGUGUCAAUUGCUGGGAAAUUUUUAGCUUCGGGAGGAACGGACGAUAAAGUGGUUGUAAUAGAUUUAAAAACACGAAAAGAGCACACCGUUCUAAUGAAUCAUGACGGUACUGUGAAUGCGGUUGCUUUCACUCAUGGAGGCACGCAUCUACUUACUGGUAGUGACGAUGGCUCUAUAAUUGUUACAAGAACAGGCAAUUGGCAAACUGAGAAAAUUUGGAAAAAAGCUCAUGGUGGUCAAGCUGUUACUGCAAUUUCAGUUCAUCCAUCGGACAAAUUAGCCCUGAGCAUUGGAGGCGAUAAGACUCUGCGGACAUGGAAUCUUGUCAAAGGUCGUCCAGCAUUUACAAUAAAUCUAGGAAGUAAAGGAGUAACCAUGCCCACAGAAAUAAAGUUUUCACCAGGUGGUGAUAGGUUCUCACUUUUAUCUUUACAGAAUAUAGAUGUGUGGACAAUUAGUAAAGCAGGAUUAGAAAAACGCUUAACAUGCAAUUCAAAACCUAGUACAGUUCAAUGGACUGACAAUGACAGGUUAUUUGUUGGUCUAGACAAUGGUAAUAUUAUAAAAUUCACAGUAUCUGAAACACAGGCAACAACAAUUCAAGCACACAAACAAAGAGUAAAAUGCAUGCAUUUUGAAAAUAAUACAUUAUACACAGCAUCUAGUAUGGGACAGGUUAAAGCGUGGUCAAUGGAUGAGAAUAGUAUGUUAAAAGAAAUAUGUUCUACAAAUGCCUCUUGUAGAGUCACUUGUAUAGCUUUAAAUAGACAAAGCCAUUUAAUUAAAAAAGAAGAACAAUCUGAUGUUGAGAAUGAUAAACAAAAUGGUUCCGAUAAGAAUGAAAGUGAUGUCUCUGAUACUGAUACAAAAGCACUAAAAUCAUCAUUGAAAAGAAAGCCUGGAGCAUUUGUAACAAUAAGUUAUGAUGAUAAUAAAGAUAAUGAGGAUAAUGAAGCACCUCCAGCAAAGAAAACCAAACGAAGGAAAAGAAAUAAAAAGAAAAAUAUGAAAGGAGAAUAAUAAAAUAUAUUAAUAUUUUA